GGGAGAGAGGGAGGGUGAGAAGGAGGGAGAAGGAGGGAGCUAACUCAUCUGACACAAACAGUGGGCCAAAGAAAGGGGAAGAGCAGGAGCAGCACUGUCCAGAGCGAGUGGAAAAUCAAAGUUUGAGAAGUGCAGAGAAAACGAGACGGAGAGGAAAAGAGUCCGAAAGUCUGCAAAGAUUCAACAAGGGAAAGGGAAAAGUUCAAGCUGCCAAUCAAAAGAGGGAAGAACAGGGUUGAAGUGCAGAGGGCCCCAAAUUUUCAAGAGGUGAGGAUCUGUGAGAGGCUUGCUGCAUUUCAAUGAGAUCUAAUGGAAGGACUGCGCUCCUAUUUCUGCUCUGUGUGUUCAUUUGUUACUAUAUAUUUCCUCGAUGCAAUGUGUGUGCGUGGGGAGUUAUGUGUGACAGAUGAAACAGGGACAGGGGGAGGAGUGAGUCUGUGUGCCAGAGUGGGAGUGGGAUAUUGGGGUGAAAGAGUUGGUUAGUUGGAUGGAAGCUCUCUUGACUGAGCUGAGUUUCGCUUUUCUUCAGCUUUGAGUCCGUUUUUAGUCAGUUUUUACAGGUUGAGACAAAGAAAGAAAAAAAGGUUUGAAAAGUUACUGGGACGCCAGAGGACUUUUGAAAACUGGAACUAAUUUCCUGUCUGAGCUGCCAGGAGGUCAUAAAAAGUCUGGAGGACCCAUGGUGGAAUUAGAUCUGUGCUGGUAGGUGGUAUGCUCCCUAUUGCACAUAUAACCAUUUAUCUUUUGUACCGAAUUGAAAAAAAAGUAAAAGUAGGAUAUUUUCUUAAUAACUAAGACAGAAAGCCAACUUGAUGUUUCUACCUACAACUUUAGUUCCAGGUUAUUAACAAAUCAAGGUUACAGGCAAAAUUAGGCCAACCCCGCCCCUUUUCAAAAAUGGGUUAAAUUGAUUAGAUGUCCACAAAAUCCAGUUAUAAGGUUUCUUUGCCAUCAUAUUUACUGGAAUAGAUAAGGAGCUUUAAAGCAUACCUUCUUUUGCACACAAGUGCAGCAUUAUGUGUAAAAAAGAAAGCAUGAAAUCAUAUUUAAGAGACACGCACAGCUAAGAUAGACAACCUAAAGUUAGAGUAGUACUCAUAGGCGAAAGUCCGCAUGACAAUUUGGACUAGAAGUGAAUCAAAGUUUGUACAUAACAGAGUUAAAGUUUUAAAUAAACUAAGUGGAUUGGAUUUGGAUCGUAAGACAGAACAGCAGAGCUCCAACACUCCACUGUCUUGAGAAGACUGUGACAGGGAUACGCCCUCAGUGAUAUGACAGCUAGUUAGCAAGGGGACAGGAAGUGGAGGUCAAAGGUUAGAAAGUGGCAGUUCGUGGUCUUUUUGUUUUUUUUGUUUGAACCCUCGCAGACCUCAGGGUUGUGUAAUCUGUGAGACCUCAGCUGUGGCAGAGACACUGAAGGAUCGAGCAGAGGAGAGAGGCAUGUCAUUAUGCUCUCUGGAGAGCAUGUGAUGCCCCAUGAACAGCAGGGGGAAAUCAUUGAAUCUAAUUGUGAGGCCUCACAAAGAAAGCCAAGCAAGCGAUAGCUGCAGGGGAGAAACAUGGGAGAUAUGAAAGAUGAGUUUGGGUGGAGCUCAGCUCAGGGGGCAUUGAGGAUUUAAAACACGAGAAGGCAAAACUGCUAUGUGCAGAAAUAUUGAAGUGAAAAAUUGUCUUUGUUACGGUGGAGUAAUUUAGUAGCUCUCAAACACACUUUUAUAAUGUUUAAUCUCAAAUUAUGCUGGAUCACUUGAUUUUGAGUCUGGAGGACCUAAUUUUUCGACACCUCUUUGUCUUAAGUUGAUUAAGCUCAUGAGCUCAUUUUCUUGGACUGAUAAAAAAGCAGACAAAGCUACCGACAUGGUGCAAGUGAGCGAAUGACAGAAUGUGUUGACCUUUACUCUCAGUUUAUUUUUGGAUAGCUCGUGUUUCAAAGCUGGGAAUGCUGGGAGAAGAUACUGCAUGCUCACUGAUGUUAUGGCAUGUGAAACGCUGCAGACGAUUUACUGUACUCCUCCUGGGUUAAAUUUACAGUACACAUCAACCUGCAGCAGCUCUAUGGCUCUUUAAUGGGUUUACAGGGCCUCCAUUAUAUGAUGCAGCCACUGACACAUUGCACAUGCUGUAUAUCUCCACAUAAGUGCUUACAAUAGUGCAGCAGUGAUUUAAGAGAUAUUGAAUGCUUUCAAUUUAAGGACCCUCUCAUGUAAGAGCAAUCUUAACCAGACACCCAGGAGGUACUGUCUCAAUCACCAAGGUGUAUGCUGAAGUAGACACUAAAUAUCAAGAGUAUAAUGUCCAGAUUUGAGUCAGCUGUAAAGGUUCUUACGCACCAGGCGCGAAUUCGCCAGGCGAAUUAUAUGCCUUUUUUAAAAACAGCAUAAAGUCAAUGCAAGCUUCCACACCAGCGGCAAUUUUUCCGCGGGGCGAAAAGCGUCUUUUAUUUUUUCACUCUUGUGUCGAAUUUUUUAGAGAUUCGCAGGCAAAUAUCUGGAACUUCUAGACCUCUGGCCAAUCAAAAGUCAUGUUGUUGAUGACGUCACAAACCAAUGCGGCUGCAGUUCACACGACACACACCACCACUGGCACCAAGAGCAAUGAUGGGAGAGAGAGUGUAUUACAGAGUGGUCGCCCGGUGUGUAUAAGCAAAAGCGAUUUUUCAGACCGGCAAAUAUUUUCGCAUUUUCGUCUCGCUUUUUCGCUUCGCUCCACAAAUUCGCUGGUGUGUGAGGACCUUUACACCUUACCGCUAGAGAAAGUAUUAUGAGUGCUUGAGAUAAGAUUUUUGGGUGAACUGAGAGGUGAAACAACUUGUACUGUUGGAAAAAAAAAGUUAUUUGUAGGUUACAUCAAAGCAGAAGACACAGAUAAAAUGUCUAAUUAAGAGGUACUGCCAAAGGUUUAAACAGGGAGCAUACAGUGACAAAUAAAUGGCUGAAAAAUAGGGUGACCAUAUGUCCCCCUUUUACCCGGACUUGUCCUCUUUUUGGGGGCUGUCUGACCUGUCCAGGGGAGUUUAUAUUUAUCCUUCAAAUGUUCGGGGUUUUGCAUGGAAGUUUUAAGUUUGUGUACCGUGGACUAACUGAGUUAGAAGUGUGUACAAAACACUCAACCUGACCUGAAAAAAAACCUCAAAAUUUUCGCUGGAAUAUCCCUUUAAGGCAACCUGCGCAAGUCCAGCCAAAACACCAGUACAUGCAUAAUCCGUACGCUUCCUCUGUCCUUUGGUGCAUUUCUGAGGCAGCGUUACAGCGAAACUUAUUGGCUUGGCAAAUGCUUUCUGAACAAAACUGCAAUAUAUUGUUUGUGUUCCCAUGUGGACAAGGCCUAAUUUAUGACUUUAAAAGUUGAAUAUAACAUUUGCCAAUCUUGUCCCUGAUGGUCCUGUUUGUUUUUUUUUUAUCACAAACAGGCAUCAAUAUGGAAUUUAGUCUAUUUUGUAAACAUUAAAAAAAUCCUCACAGCAGCUUUUAAGCAGAUCAGAGAAACACAGAGAAACAACAGUGAGAUGACUCAAAUGUUUGGUUAGCUCUUGAAAGUACAAAUGCAACCUGUCCCUCUGCUAUAGUAUUCAUUUUAAAAGGAAAAUGAAUAAGCAACAAUCUCCACAGAUCCUUCAGGGACAGGCUGUGGUGUGUGAUAGAGAGAUACCUCAAGUCCUUCUUUCCUGCUGCAGUCAGCGGGCUUUAUUUUCGUGCCUCGCCAGAGACUGGUUCACACAUAAAGCGUUUUCUGCUGCGCUCUGAUGCGCCAGUCAGACAUCGACUGAGCCCGGCAGUGCUCGGCUGUUUCCGACUGCCCUCAGUUUUCCACACUUACAAGCGCUUUAAACAUGGGUAAAUCAAUAUUUAUUUACGUUUUUAUUACAUCAUACAUACAUUAAAUAUUGGCAGCAUCUUCAAGUAUUGUUUUAAAUUAUUAUAUAGGGGUUAACAACGAAUGAAUUGGGGAGUCUGUUGACUCCGUUGUAUGUGUAGCCUUGUUAGCUCAAGGCUAUUGACUCAAUCGUAAUAAAGUCCCCCUCCUUUGUCUCAUUAACAUCACUGAACCUCUGCCGCUCUCCUUCCAUGUGUGUGUGUGUUUGUGUGUGUGUGUGUCUGUGUGUGUGUGCGUGCAUGCGUGUUCAUUGGGAAAAAAUAGACCGACAAGCAACACCGUAAAUCCUUUUUUUCUAAUUUAUUGAAAUAUAUUUUAUUUUGAAAAUUGACCGGAUUCUCUCGCAUCUCCUGUUCCCGACUUCCUGUCUGGUCCAAUCUGCUCUGUCCAGCUUUACAAUUGGCGCUUGCGGUGCGCGCGGCACCUUCCCCGUGUGUGACUGUGUAGGUUAACACGGGCGCCGAUCUGAAACUCGGUGCGGGGUGCUUCCACGCGCGGCGCUUCCUGUGUGAACCAGGCGUAAGUCGUAGCGAGGGAGGAGAGAGGGCGUGGAGUGGGUUUAACACAGCCAAGACCUGUAUUGACCAAUAAAAUCAGCUCCUCUCCUCGCCUUUAAAUCCGCCACCGGCAAGGCAUAUUAUUUUCGUGAAGUAGUCAAAGAGAUCAAGAGAUGUCUGAAGACAGUAAUGCCACACGAUGGCGACAGAAGGCAGCUUCUCAACAAGUGUCUACCAAAAUACCACUAGACCAGCUGUGUUUGAAUCGGCGAGCUUUCAGCGCACUCUAUAUGCCGGUGGCGAGCACGAAAAUGUCACUCCAACCGCUGAUUCUGUCAACACCUCCCUCUGCCACGCCACCACACCCAGCUUGGCAGAUCUCGGUGCGCCUCAGUCCACGAAAAUACCAAACUGGCUGUACGCCGGGCUCCGCCAGAUGAAAAUAUACGCGGCGUACACGAAAAUAGAGCCCAGACUGUUUAACCAGGCAUGCUCCCAGUAGUCCAGGUUUUGUUUUAAUGCAACUAAUGGACAGUAAGUCUGUAUUACCUCUAUUUGCAAUAUUGACGGACUAGAUAUUCAUUCAAAUACCUACAUUUUUCUCCAGUAUAAUAAUUAUAUUUUUUGUUCACUGUGUAGAACCGUUUUCAGUUUGUUUUUUGUUGUUGGUUUGUUUCUCUUUUUUUAGAUAGAUAGAUAGAUUUUAGAUAGAUUAUUUGAUGCUUGCAGUGCUGAUCCUUUGCUGCUGUAACACUCCAAAUUUCCCCAUCGUGGAACGAAUAAAGGUUUAUCAUGUCUUAUCUUAGCUGCCAUGGGAAUUUUCCUUAAGUUUGAGAAUGCAGUGAUAUCAUGCUCUGAACCAAUCAUAUACUUCUUGCUCUCUCUCAGAUAACAGGAUGUCAACGCUACCAUCAGACAACAGCCCUGAAGAUGCCAACAAUCGCAGCUUCUGGAUGGUAAGUCUGAGUGUGUGUGUGUGUGUGUGUGUGUGUGUGUGUGUGUGUGUGUGUGUGUGUGUGUGUGUGUGUGUGUGUGUGUGUGUGUGUGUGUGUGUUAGUGCAUUGCUCUGUCUUUGUCUGCUCGUCCUCUAAGAUAGAAAGAGAGACUGAUCAGUCAGAUAUCUUUUCCCCUUGGCCUCUUGAGAAUCUCCGACCUUCCUGUUCAAACAGACUAAACAGUUUUGUCAUCCAGGCUGGUUAUCACUGUGCACAAGGCUGUUCUUGCAUUUUUAAAUGUUAAAGGUAGAGACAAGUUUGCUCCUGUUCUGUUUUAUUGGACAAAACUCCAACAAAUCUUCAAUUUAGCUUCCUUCAGCUGGAGCCCUGACAUAUGGUUUCCCUUUUUUAGUCCUCUCAUAGUGAAUAGGUAGCUGGUCCAGGUUUGAUCACCACAAAAAGAAGAGUUUCUCUGAUCUCAACAAACUAUAAGAGUAAAGUAAGGACUAUAUUUGAAGAGACAACACUAUACUCAUUAAUAACUAAAGGUAGUUUUUUAGCUUUUUUUAAGAUAGGUAACCAGUUACUUUACAAUAAAUUUAAAUGGACCAAUAAAGAGAGAAAUAAAAGACUGAGGAAGUUACAACUCACCUCCCACAAUCAAACAUGCACCUUACUAAAGCAUUCACAGCUAAACAGUAAAAAAGAAUUUAUUCAGAUUAGAGGCUGAAUCUCCCAACUGCUAUAUUAAAUAUAUAUACUGUUUUUGUUCUAACCUCUUUUGAGAACUGUACAUUUUCUGUAUUCUGAGCAAACACUGCUGUAUUUAUUUCUCUUUAUCUGAAUGGCUCUGCUUUCUUGUAAACACAAAACACUCCUGUUUUGCCUCCUUGUUUUAAAGAGCUAAACACUUCCAACAUUCAGUCUGUCUAAUUUGAGUGUGCUGCUCCUUUAAUACUGGCUUUGUCUCCCGUUGGCCCCGACGAGCUGCCCCACUUUAAUCUUUCCCCUCCCUCCUGUAAUUUUGGCAGCCUCCUGUUGUGCUGGAUGUGUUUCCAUGCCAGUUCCUGUCUGUGUCAUCCCCCGCCGUGCUCCGGGGCUGUCUGUCAUUACUCUGCAAACUUCGGCUUUUUUGUAAUUGCAAAGUCAAUACCACUUCAAGAGGGCUGAAAUCACAGCUGCGAAGACUGGGCAGUGUACAAAAGCUCUUUUCGUAAUAACUGAUUGAAACAUGUAGUAUUGACACUUUGGACCUGCUGAGUCCAUAUUACAUGACUGCUGUCUUCACCAGUCUCUAACAAGCUUCAGGUGCUCAUGUUGAGCUCUUAUUUAGGUCCUGUGGAAACAUCUUUUUACUAUUAGCAGAAUAACUACAGAGUUUUCGAUGCUCAACAGAAUCUUCAAAAAUUUAACUGGACUGAUAAACUUCUUUAAUAUUUCAGAAGGCAAACAUUCCUGUCAGCUGCUCCCCUAUCUGGUAUUUAAUGCUGUGAACAAGCAGCAACCCCCAGUGUUUGAGAAAUGAUGCAGAUGCAGUCGUGCAAAUAACUGCACUUCCCCUAAUGUCCACAUGAUGCUGCCUUCAUGAGCUGAGGAAACCCCAUACAAGUUUAUACAAACCUGACUUUUCCCAGGAUUAUUUACCAAAGGCAGUUUGGGUCUUAGUGGCUAUUCUCUUCAUUUGUGACAACUGUAAAAGGGAUGGGGGGCUAUUACCAAAGGUGGCACAGUUCAUUAAAAGUGUAGCUCCGUUAACAAAGAUGUUCACUUGAAUAGCAGAGUAUGUGUUAAUUAAUAUAUGGAAGUUAGGCAGCAUUAACAUUAAAACCAUUUCUAAGGAUGACAGUCUGCUCUCCUCUUGCUUCAGUGGAGUGGGUCCCCAUGAUUCCAGUCCAGUAAAACAUUUAAUCCAAACACAUGAUAAUCAUGAAGAUCCACAGAUUAGGCUUCUUCAGAUCCGCCAAGGCUGUGUAUCUGUCUCAAACUCUUUAUGUGAGUAAGUGCAGAGUUUGGAUCCUAUUUCAUUUCAGGGUAAAUAAUUUUGGCAUUAGAGCUACUAAUGGGGAUUCAGGCUCUUUGUAGUGAUCCAGAUCAUUUGGCUGAGCAAGAACUGAACUGGUUCUAUUGGCUCCUAAACAGGUCUUCAUAGUGUCAUUUUUGGCGUACGGCUCGUAGAGCAAAGCUGCGACUGACGCAUACCUUUAACCUCAGGGUAGAUACUAUCUUCUGCUGCAGUGCUGCAACCCUGCAAUGAAGUGUUACAAAAAUGACAACAUAAAAACAACAAAAAAAAAAAAAAAAAACAUAUAUAACAGUAGUUAAAGCUCCUGCAGGGAGUAUGUUGCUGAUUAUAAAAUCAACUAAGAAUGCCUUUUUACGACACACAAAAGCAAACAAGACCAACAGCCACAAGAUUUAGAAUUGUGCUUUUUAAGGCCUGAACAUGUCAGUUCAAUCAGCAGAUGAAACAGCCCUGUUUUUAUGUGUUCCACAUCAAAUAUUCUCAACAAAUGACACAUUUGACUGUCAAAAGUCAACUUUGAACUGUCGGUUGUUGUCACCUUUUUUGAUGAGGUCUGUGUUUUACAGCGUGUGACAAGUUGGACAUCAAGCUCUCUGGUCAAACUGACCUUACAUUACUUCAUAUUUUGUAUUCUGAUCCAGAGUUCAUGAUUGGACUUGGGCCUUCUUUGCUUCUUUUGUGUUUCAGAUUAUUCAAGACUCAGAUACUUGUUUGCUUUUUUAAUUAGCAGAAGCUGGUUGGAAUUAGAAUUUCCAAUAUGGUGACCGUAUCACUGGGCUUCAUAGCAUCUCUUCGGAAACCAUGGGUGGUGCCAGUGACACUAGGUCAAUGUUUUAUACAGACUUAACAUGUUUUAUGUGUCAAUCUUUAAAAUCCCUUUGAGACAGUUUCACAACAAAGUUAAGACUUUUUCUUCUGCUGCUGCUGUUCUAUCUUUUGGCAAUAUGUAAUUUCUGUGACUGUAACUAUCACCGUAUCUAUCUUUAUUGAUAUUUUCACCUUAGUCACUGGUAUGAUCUGCCAAUAACAUUAUUGCUAAUGCUAUAUCACCUCUGCUGGUGGUUCCCAGCACUCUCCCUGUGCACCCUGACUUGCUUUACAGUUGGCAUAAAAUCUGUGAUAUAGGAUGUGAAAUAAAAAUUUUGACGCAGGACUGUGGGCCUUUUCUGCAUUUUGUUGCUUGGACAAAUUCUCUAGUAGAGGAUUUUCUUCUGCCGCAGACAUUGGUCAACUGGGUCUCUGUAGCGUUGCUAUUGGCCUCAAAGUGGAUUCCUCAGCUGUUUCUGUUUAAUUCUCAGACAGACCACAACAGAGGCAGAGAGAAAGUGAGGAGGAAGACUGGGGGGAGUAACGGUGUGCAACUGAUGAGAAGCACACACAUUGAUCCUGGAUGAAACAUAUACACUCACUCUGUGUUAUUAGAGAACAGCUUUUGCACAUGCUGAGACUGUAAAGCUCAAUUUCAAAAAAACACUUUUUUUCAGGGAAAAAUUACUAUUAGCAUCAAAUCUGCAUUUAAUCAGAAACACAGUUGUUCCAGUUGGAAAAUGUGAGAAAAAUAUAAGCAUACUGGUUCUUCUAGUAUUGGCCUAAAUUCAACUUGUCUGCGAGCACUAACAACGUGUUUAGCCUUAACUGCUUGACCUUUCAGAUGCCCCUAUAUUCAAUUAACCACUAAUUAACCAUCGAGUCAGGAUCGAAUGUCUGUCAAUUAGUGGUAAAAACAAAGACUGAGGUCCUCAGGUGAGUCCUCUAAUGAACACAGGUCUCUGUGGAGAUAAAAGGUCUGCAGGCAGGCAGGAGUGAGUGAGCAGUUCCUCUGAAGGAUAAAAUAUCUGCCCACAGAUAAGAAGACUCGAAGUGCUGUGACUGUAGAGCCAUUAAGAUACUGAAGGACAGUCAACUGGUAUAAACAUCAUGCACACAUUGAUAACCUCAGAUAUCAUGCAGUGCCAAUUAAAUGUACCAGACAUGACAAUAAUGAAUGAUAACAUUUGCAAAUUUAAUGCUAACUCACUCAUAGUUGCAUAAAGAUGUUUCGAGGUACUGGUAACUGUCUUAUGUUGAGGUAUAUCCCAGUGAGCGUUACAAAUUGCCAAGGCUUUAAUUUACAGCUUUUAAAAAUGUUGAUUAAAUAAAACAUGCCUAAAAUUGAAUUCACAGCCACGCACAGAUUGAUAGCAGAUUUUAGGUUGCAUGCUUUACAUACAGCAGCAGAAAUUAUCUAGUUCUGACUGUCACCCACAGUCAGGUCCUCUGGAGCUGGUUUAUCUGUUAGAUAUCAUUCAGGGGUUGCUCUGCUGUUGGAGUCAGGGCUACACAACUUUAGUGCCAGCAACUGCACGGCUCUUUUUUUUCCAUUUGUGGGAUAUGAUUACUCCCUUUACAAUGUCUCUACAUUGUCUAAAGUCGUCAAGCAAACAGUGUUGUGUCUUGGUGCCGAGCUGCAGCUGAAAAACACUCCGAUUUAUCAAAGUUGUAUCAUUAAAGACAAAUAAAAGACUCUCUGAGAUGUUGAUGUCAUAAUUCCACCCCUUAAAGCUUCAUCUUUUGACCUGUUUUCAACCAAAGUUCAACAAUGACUCUGUGGUUAGUGACCAACAGGUAAUAUUGUUAAAACUCCUCUUAACAUGAUGGCCUUAUGGAAUAUGUAGACACACAAUGUUCUCUGUUUUCAAAAGAAAAACAAAAAAACAAAAAAAAAAGGCUUCAACUAGCAUUACAUCUCCCUUAUUUAUAUUUGUGCUACUUUUUAAACCCAAAUCUAGCCUUCAUAAGCCUUGGCAGGGUCUUGGAGGUAGCAUCCAAAAACAACACAGUAUAUUGUCAUUAAAGUGCCUGUAAAUUUGAGCGUUGCGAAGCUGAGAAAUGUAGUGCAAAGUAUGAGACAUACCAAAACUGAUUAAAGUCACAGCUAUUCAGCCAUUGUCCCCUGGAGUCAGCACAGUCAGGUGUAGAGAGUUUAGUCUGUUUUAGUCUGCAGGAUCUUCAAUAAGUUCGCAGCUAUAUUCUGCACUUUGCAAUUUAUCACACUGUGACAAGAUGAAAUGAUAUUUUCUGUUGGCAGCUGCCUCCUACCCCGACUCUGACUCAUAUGACUCUGACAUGUGUUGGUGUUUUGUACAGAGCAGGGAGAUGUCAAUCAAAAUCUGGGAAAUGCCACUCAAAGCACCAUGUGCCUCAUGUACUCACUGUUUUAAGGAAUGAGCAAAAUGAGUCAUCUUUAUUCCAAGUGUUUUAAUAGCGAAGAAAAUGUCAGCCCUUUAAAAUUAUGUGAAUGUUUAAAGGACUCUAAACUUUGAAGAAAUGUUUGCACUAUUGUUAGGAUUCAUUUAAGGUGAAUAUUUAUCAUCAUGUCUGUUGUGUUUAAACUGGUAUUUAUAAGCCUUUUAUCAGAAGUGCACUGCCUCAUAUGACUGAACACAAUACAUAAUGUAUUGAGAAAUGUUUAAGCAUCUGUCUAAAUGUGUCACCGGCUCACACAUUGAGUCUGACAGAAGUAAAAGAGAGUAGGAGUGAGUGCUGCUGAGUAGGAGUUGACAACAGCUGCCAGGAAAAUUGCAGAAAGAUUUCCAAAUACCACAUCUACAAACAACACACUUGCUUCAAAUAUGUUAUUACUCUCAGGGCCUUCCUUUGUCAUCCUCUUGUCCUCUUUUUAAAUGUCUGGUGUUUUUACAGCCAGGCUGUGUCAUGUGUUCAGUGACCACACCCAACGCUGCAGCCAGGGCAUUAGAUUUUUACCACAGGAAACUUAAUGCCAGUAAAAUGUCAGCGGUGGCACAUGGUGGUUGACCUUAGACGACUGCAGCAGAAUCACAGCUGUGAAAGAAGAGAUGAAGAUCCAAGAUGAGCUCUGCUACAAGCUAAAACAGGUCGAAGUGUAACUGGUAGAAGUCCUCAGAGCAGAAAUGGUCGAAGAGUGAGGGAAUGUAGUAGCAGUAGGAAUGGCUGUAGUUGUGCUUAUCAACACUUCACAUGUGAAACAGGUUCACCCAAUGACAAUGAUAUUAUUGAUAAUGGCUGCACUCCACUUGGCUUUGCAGAUCACAUGUCAUAUAAGGCACACAAAUACUAUGCCAGGGUUGUCGUUUUAAGAGAAAUAAUGUGACUUAUUUGUGUGUAUACAUGACAGACAGAUAACAUCCUCAGGUCAAAAGUUAGAAAAUUCAACAAGCUAACAUGGCUGAGUGUGGAUGAAAUCUGACAACAGUUUUGAGGUAACAAUGUGAGACACAAAUAAGUUACUACAGUUAUAGCCCAGUUCAGCAGCAUAUACAGGCUCACAGUGUGGUAAAACAACAUGCUGUGCUCAGCUACCCAUGUAAGUUUGAUAAAGACCACAGCCAGCUCUUCCCCUGACUCCUACCACUCAGCUACACGAAGCUAAGGUGCUACAAGCGCGGGCUUGUACUUACUGUAACUAUUGCUAAGAGCACGAUGUCUGGUGUUAGGUUUAACCAUUAGCAAGAGAAGUUACGUGGAGUUGAUUUGGAAAUAUUUAUUGUGAUUAUUUUGUUAUUGAUUUUUAGAAGGGUUACAAAAUUCACAAACUACUUUAUUGUUCAAAUGUCUCUGCCCCAGACUGUUGAUCGACUGUGACAAAGCCAAGUCCAGGGUUUGGGAUAAUGGCUUUCAAUUUUGCAUGUCUGUUUUUGAUAAUGACUCAAAUUGUUAAAAAAAAAAGGUUUUUGAGCUUUGCUUGCAAUUUUGAUACUCUUGCAAAGAUAAUCCAGCUCCUCUCCCACACUACCAUUAAACUAAGCUAAGCUAGGCAUCUGCUAGCUUGGGCUUCGAUUUCUUUUGCUACAGUUAAGAGAUUAGAGUUAACUGACUGAUACAGCCUCAGACAAAAUGUGCUUUUUACUGAGAACAUUGAAGUUUUUCAGGGUCUGAUGAGCCAAAACAUUGAUCAAUAAAUGUUACUGCUCACUGUUACUGCUCUGUUUGAACAACAGAAGGACAACCUGUACAGUUUUAUGUGCAUGUUUUACAAUCAGUUAUUUCAAGUAUCAAAUGAUAUAAAAGUUUUCUUAUUUGGAUGGAACUGUUUAGAAGAUAAGAAGAGGAAGAACUACCAGCAUAAACAGCAGUGGUGGUCUGAAUGUAUGUAGUAGUAGAAGUGGUAGUGUCCUGUUAGCUUAGAUCAUCUCUAAAUUAGUUGGUCAGUAUCUCCUUAUGGUCCAUGCUGCUGCCUCUGCCAGGCUGUAACUGUGAGCAGAUGUUCUGUUUUGUAUUCUCUGGCACAGAAAAACACUCAAAUAAAACAAACUUGAAAAGUGCAUCGAACACUGGCAGAAGUAGCAGCCAUUUCAGUCUUUUCGAUCCCCCAAAAUGGCUCUUUGAUAUUGGUACGGGGGCUUUAAAAGCCCUCCAUCAACCCUCCUCCCGCCUCGCUCUGUUUAUUUUGUGUUAACAGCAGAUCUUCCUCUCUCUUUGUGUCCUGGCAGCCUGGGAACUAUCAGCGCACUGUGAAGCGGACAGAAGAUGCCUUCCAGGCCUGUAAUGACAUUGUGGCAUGUUUCCAAGAGAGAGCUCGCGUGGAGCGGCAGUACGCCCAGCAGCUCAGUGAAUGGAGCAACAAGUGGAAGCCAGUUGUGGACUCCAGUAAGUGCUGUUGCUGCCAGUCCAGAGUGGAUUUUUACAACGUGUGAAGUGAAAAUUCCUCUUUCUGAAACAAGAGAUGGUAAAUUUUCCCAUGUUGCAUAGAUUUUGCUGUUCGAUUACCUCACACUGUUUCCUAUUUGUCUCAUCUGUCUUCCUCAGGUCCUCUAUAUGGAUCUCUUAUGAAGGCUUGGCAGUGUUUUCUGUCUUCUGCUGACCGGCUGGCCUCCUUGCAUGCAUCCAUCUGUCGCUCCCUGGUGUCUGAGGAUGGAGACAGGGUCAGAACCUGGCAGAAGGACACCUUCCAUAAGAAGUUAUUUGGAGGAUUUAAGGAGUCCCAGGACAUUGAAACAGGAUUUAUACGAGCUCAGAAGCCAUGGGCAAAACGUCUGAAGAAGGUCAGAGUACUUUUUAGUGAUUUCUCUUGUCAAAAGUCUUUCUUUUACCCCGUGGAAUAUGAUACAGAUUAACAGUGCACUGAUUCAGAGACACUCUCUGUACUGAUCAUAUUCAAAGAUUAAAAAUGCUUAACAGAUGGUGUAAUUGUUGGGCCUCUUUGGCUGCUUGAGCACAGAUAUUUCUCCUUUAAAUCACGUGUUUCAGUAAAUACAACAUCACAGACAGGCGCUCAUAAAGUAAGUUUGCAUGAAUUCUGUUUACAGCUGGACAAAGCCAGGAGGGCAUACCACAAAGUGAGCCGGAAGGAGCAGGCGGCCAGGGAGCGAGAGGCGCAUGCUCAGGGAAACCCAGACGUUGCCAUCGACAAACAAAAGAAGAUCCAGGAGGAGAGAGAGGUGGCACAACAGGAGGCCGAGAAAGUACGCCACAGAUUUAAUCUCAAUCUUAUUUUCAUUGGAUGUUCAUGGUUUUGGAGCGGAGCAGUCGAUUCGUCUCCAUCUGUUCCAUCUGUUCAUGGGCAGACGUGAAAUUUGAUCAGAUAUCGAGCAGGAUCCCACUCUUGUUUGUAUCUCUAGCACUCAUAACAAAUGUUUAAUGCUUCAUUCCUCUUAACUACAGAAGAGUUUUCAGGCCUCAAAGUCUGAUGUGUCAUGAAAAACAGCAGGACAUAGAAAUGGAUGCAACUUUUUACAUAUGACUUAUUCUCACAGUUGGGGUUGGAAUUGGUUUGUAGUUCGGAUUUAAACUGGUUACUUAUUUCUUUGCCAGUGCAUAAGUCCCAUUAAGUCCCUAUGCAGUGUGUGAAAGCGUGUCUAUGUGUUUGCAGGUUCGUGCUCGCUAUGAGAAAGUUCUUGAGGAGGUGAACCGCUACGCUCCACGUUACAUGGAGGAAAUGGAGUCCAUCUUUGACCAAUCACAGGAUGAGGAGCGCAAGAGGAUCGUCUUCCUCAAACAGGCCUUUCUGUCCAUCCACAAACACCUGGACAUCACCAACAAUGAGAGGUGAAACACACUGAAGUGCAUGGGGGAAAGGUUGAUGCUUCUGUAUUGGCUAGAUAAAGAUUAAUAUGAGUGAUCAAACAGUGGCCUGUUCUUCAUCAUGUGUCUUUAGAGCUUGGUGUGUUCAAAUCCCAUGUUUGACUUUCUUCAGCUCUGAUUAAAUGCUGUUUCACUUCACAUGGCACAGAAGUGUUUUUUUAAAUGAUCUCCUGUAACCCUGUUGGGAAAUAAGAGCUAAAAUGAUAACUUCAUUUCUUUGUGAAACCUGCUGGGCUAUAUGUGGGUAAAAGUUAGAUAAGAGGGGAAAAUAAAGACUUGAGAAUAAAAGUUACCAAUGACCAAAAAACAGCAGGCAAAAGAUCCAAGCUGAAAAUAAAUAAAUAAAUAAAUAAAAUAAAUGAAUGAAUAAAUAAAUAAAGCUGCUCUGUUCUGUACAAAGACUUUUAUUAACUCUUUUCAUUCUGAGCCUUAUUAGCUGAUAGUUUAACAUAAUGAAUCACAUUGUUGAUGAUGACAACAUUAAAACCAAAAAGUAUGAAGUAAAAAAAAAAACUGUCUUACAUUUUCUUGACCCUUUUUAAUUGGCUAAGUUUAUACCUGUGUUUGAUGAAUUUAAGUCUUCUGGUCAAAAGUUAGGCUAAAGGCUAAAGCUAGUGGCAAGAAGAGAGAAGGGGGUCUGGCUUUAUUUGUCAACCACAUAUAUUGAACUGUUGGCAAUUGCUCUUUGGCCAUAUUAUGUUCCAAGGGAGUUCAGUCAUAUCAUAACAAUACUUGUAUACAUCCCACACAAAGCAACGGCUGAAGUUCUGUGUGAUGUUCUCCAUGAAACAACUGCUUGGAAAGAAGAUGAAAUGAGACUCCAGGCAAACAAAUUUCCCUCUGGAGAUUAAAAAAAAAUUGUUUGAUUGUAAAAGAGAAACAAUAACUUUUCAAGUCCUUUGUUAAAAAAAAAACCUGUAAAACGGUACCAAAUCAAAGUGGCUUUCUGACAGCAAAGUACUGCACCAAAAAUCAUCUGAAUUAAUGUGCAAUUACCUCAACAUGGAUGUUUGGGUCAGACUAUCCUACAAUUAGCUAAAUUAUGUGGUAGUUAACACUGUAAAUAACCUCACUUUCCUGCUGGUUCCCCUAAUAGAUUUCCCCAAAGAGGGACAGAGUUAACCUAAACCUUCUGUAGGUGAUACACUUACCAUUUACAAAUUCACCAUAUGAUCUUACAUCAACCUCAGCAGACUAAGGGCUCUAUUUUCGUGUACACCGGUGAGGCGGCAGAGGGUGGCGGACCCUGUGCAGUUGUAUUUUUGUCUGGCGGAGCCCGGCGUACAGCCAGUUUGGUAUUUUCGUGGACUGAGGCGCACGGAGGCGAACUGAGAUCCGCCAAGCUGGGCGUGGUGGCGUGGCAGGGGGAGGUGUCAUUUGGCACGCAUUUGGACACACAACCUGACCGAAUCAACACAGCUGAAACCACAUUAAAUUACAUUAAAUAUUUAGUAAACAAACACACAUGAUGAAGUUAACAUGAUAUUUAAUUUGUCUCCCUCCUUUUCUUUCUUCCUCUUCCUCUUAUUUCUCGCGCAGCUCGACCUGGACAUGUCUCCGUGUCCUCUCUCCGUCCUGCUGCAGCUGCGGCGGCUGAACAGAUGAUUUGUUUCAGUGAUCAGAUGAUUUUUUUACUUUAAGCCUACAUAAGAAUAUUACAAUAUUCCGUUUUGUGAGCCAAAUAUGUAGCCAAAUAUUUUAUAUGCCAACAUCUAUGAAAGAAAGAGCCAGGCCACGGAGCGCAAUGCGUCAUUUACGCACAGAUGGUUCCAAUUUUAAUGCCAUUUUUGGAGUUUAUGUUGUGAUCUGUGCGCACAACCCACCUUUGUCACGUGAGGUUUGAAUAUAUGCAACUUUAUGUGAGUGUCUUUAUUUGUGGAAAAGGGUGUUUGUCUUACCAGUGGGUCCAACAUUACACACACCAAAUCCAUCUGUGCUCAGAUGAGAGAGUGUGGAGGACGCCCAAUGCAGUGCUUACAGUGACACUUGUUGAGGAGCUGCCUUCUGUCGCCAUCGUGUGGCAUUACUGUCUUCAGACAUCUCUUGAUCUCUUUGACUACUUCAUGAAAAUAGUAAUACGCCUCGCCGGUGGCGGAUUUAAAGGCAAGGAGAGGAGCUUAUGUGAUUGGUGAAAACAGAUCUCGGCUGUGUUAAACCCACUCCAAGCCCUCUCUCCUCCUUCGCUAUGAUUUUCGCCGCUGGUUGGAGCUAAGUUAGGGAGGGGGGAUACUUACGCCGGGCUGCGCCGCUCACCAAAAUACCAAAUUGUGCAUGGGAACGCCUUGUUGGUGUGGCGGACCUGACUUACGCCACGCCUGUGGCACGUCUCCGGCGAGGCACGAAAAUAGAGCCCUAUCUGUUUAAGUGAUAAACUCUUUUUGGUUUUAAAAAAAUUGCUUAAGUUAGUGUUUUUAUGCAAAAACCUGAAAAUUCAAAAUGUCUUCAACUGUCUUUAGAUUGAAUUUGAGAGGUUUAACAAGAAGGAAAAUUAGAAAGAGCUGGUUAUGAUAUUGUCAUCUGCUGUUAUCAGUUAGUGGUCCAGCCUGAUGGAAAUUCAUUUUAAAGACUCCAGUUGAAUUGCAACCGCUGGCCAAUGGAUGAGAUGUCAUUUAAACAGCAAAUGAAAUCCAACUUUGAAUCAAUUUAAAUGCAAGUACAAUUUUUAGUAACCUCAUUUUGGUUUGUCUUAUCUUUCUUCCCCUCCUUUAGUGUGAGGGCUGUUUAUGAUGAGCUCCACAACACACUGAUGGCCAUCGAUGAGCACGAGGACCUCCGCUGGUGGAAAAACACACACGGGCCAGGAAUGCCCACCGACUGGCCUCAUUUUCAGGUUCUUCAGCUUUUGCUCGUCUUCAACCAUUUAACUUGAAACAACUUUAAAUCUUUUGUUUUAAAAUCUAAUUCAUGUGUUCAAAUGUUUAAUUUUAAUUUUAUUAGGAAUGGACGCCAGAGAAGAAAAUCAAGAAAGGAAAAGAAACAAAGAAAAUGGUUGAGAAGACAGGAAUAAUAGAAAAGAGGUCCAUUUCUCCUGAAGGACAGAUGUUUGAUUCAAGUUUCGCUUUCUACAAAGAUAAAACAAUUCACUGAUCAAACAUCCAUCUGUCUCUUUUUUUCUGUCUCUCUGUGUCUGUUUUCUUUCACACAGUGUGAUGAUUGGAGGAGUAAGAGUCAGAGCUCUGUAUGAUUAUGUUGGACAGGAGACAGACGAGCUUUCAUUCAAAGCAGGUAAAAAAAAGCACUUGUCUAAAUCUUUGCACUGUUUUUAAGAUCUACGCCAACCUCAUUAAGUUCUUCAUUUGAUCUAGAGUUAAAUCAGAAACUGCGUUGAUAAUGUUUUUUCUUUUUUUUUUUUUGGCUUAAUUGCAGACAGUUUACUCGUCUUGUUGUCUGAAGAUAUUGUUCUUACUCCACAGUGAUUGUCUAAUAGGUUAGUUUGGUUUUGGACUGCUGAUAGGACAGAAAAAGCAAUCUGAGGUAAAGCUGGAUGAUAAAGAUGUCAGAUUUUUUUUUACAUCACAUCUGAUUUACUGUUUUGAUCGAUCUGCUGCUGCUGCUGCCAACUGCUCUUUACCAGCGUUUUCAGCCUGCAGGUUUUUUGUAACUAGAAAUAUGAUACAUUCUCCAGUUUGGCUGCAUGCUUCUUUCUGAGGGUCAGGAAUAAAUUUUCGAACAGUGUGAUGCUGCUUUUAGUCACCACAGACUUUACAGACUUUAUGAUAGACAGUGGUUUGCUCAAGGCCAGAUGCUGCAAACUGCUGCACUUUCAGAUGACAAAGACUUUUUUUGUGAAUGAAACCUUGGCCCGAAUUACUUUAGGAUCAUGCCGCUUUUGCUCUUGCCAAACCUGUGGAAAUGAUUCAAAAAGACACCACAUAUGCCUUAGAGCAUGCGCAAAGGGUUAAAUGCACCACAAAUGGUGCUGCAAAGCAGAUAGCACCACUAUGCACCAGUGUUGUUUACAGAGCCAUUCUGCAUCAAUCUGGGGUGAAUGCAAAUGAGCCCCAGCGCAAAGAACAGUGAACUCACACAAGCUGAGGCUGACAGUCACACCUGAGCUAUCGAAACCUUACCAUCUGUUAAAAGUUGGUGGUGAAUGUGCUGCAUUAUCUACAAGAGAUGUCACAUUCAAACUAAAAUUACUCAUCACAGUCAUUUUACCUCUAAAGACCUGAAAUUUAUAUGACUCAACCCCUGCACAUAAGGCUACCCCGUGACUAUCCACUAUCUAUGGGCUACCCCAUUUAUCUAUUUGUUUGUUUAGCUCUACUCUACAUUAACUGGCCUCCCUAUUCAGCUCAUCGUCUGUACAUGUACAGCUCUGAGUGUCAUCACCAUUCUAUGCUGUGCGCCCUCAUUUGUCAGGAAGAGAGGGCACAGUGCAGCUCUGGAGACGCUGUCGACUUAUCUUCACAAUCAGGUGCAAAACAGGAACAAACUGCAUGGCACUGCAAAUCUUAAAGGAUGCAAAACAUGCUGCCAGGAUGAUUACAGAGCAUUGUAAUGCACUAUUAAGGUUGAGGGAAGCAGUAAUAAUCAAUUGUGUUAUACGUUAUCCUAAAUAAACAGUUAAUUAAUAGUCCUUGGCUGAAAACCUAACUUAAUUUUUCUCUGUAUGUUCUUCUAACGAUUGAGAUGUCUCUGUCUCUGCAGGUGAAGAGUUUUUGAAGGUGGAGGAUGAGGAUGAUCAGGGCUGGUGUCGGGGGAUGAAGGAUGACGGAUGGGAGGGGCUUUACCCCGCCAACUACGUGGAGGUGGUGUAGUUAUAUUUUUUGACUGAGAGAGAAACAUCAUGUUGGAUCACAUGCUUAAUUUUUUUUUUUUUUUUAAGUUUAAAAAGUGUAAAUGUCUGAAACAUCAAACCAUUGCUGUAGCUUGACCAAGAUUGAACCAAGAGAGAGAGAGAGAAAGAGAGAGUGUGCAGUAUGCAGUUUUUGUGUUAUCUCUUGAAGGAUUUUGAUAAAAUGUGUUAAUAUAUAAAAGUAUACAUACACCACGUAUAUCUAAGCCAUAUAAUACACAUAGCUUUAAAAAGGUUAUAAAUUGCUAGUACGGUAUGUUAUGUAACUAGCCAUUGGAGCUGAAACUUUAUUAUAGGACUGUAAUAGAGUUUUCUUGGUGCUGUUUCAUUGUUUUAGCACUUCAGUAUGUUGCUAUUAAAAUGUUUAAAAAGCCUUAUUGUAAGACAAAAGUGAGGCUAAUACUGUGAUCGCAAUUAUCCAGAAACAGCAACACAAAUGGAGUCAGCUUGAUACAGAGAAGGUAUUGUUUUCUCCUUGUCUACUAGUUUGAAAGGAACAGUUUGACUGUCGUAGAAAUUAGCUCAUUGGAUACCAAAAGAAAAUCAGCUUUAUCUCUUUAUUUCAGGAAAAGGGGACAGUGCUACCUCAGCAGCAUUAACACACAUUCCAAGACCUUCAGUGCUGCUUGAUUGAGUCAUCUUUGUUUGAGAUGCUACUAUCAACCAGGAAUUAGCAGCUCCCCUGACCUCUGCACAGUAUUAUUAACUAAUGGUUUUGGUUCUCUAGCUACAAUAUCAUCAGUUGGUUACCUUGCUUUGAUCAGUGUAGCGGGUUGCAUUUUCAAUAAAAAUUAGCCUUCAAAUCUACACUUCCUGCUACUGAUGCUAACUGCAACACCGCCAAAACAAAGACACCCAUUGUUAGAAGCACAGCAGCAGCUACACUUGAGGAGGAGUCUUUUACCCCAAUCCCUGGAUUGGGUAAAAAAAAAAAAAGAAAGAAAGAAAAAAAAAGAGGGCUAAGAAAGGAAGAAUGUAGGACUUCUCAUAAUCAUGUGCCAAAAAGCUUGACUUUAGUUAAAGCUGACAUUGUAGGUUUACUACUAGCUAAAACCUUGUGGAGGCCAAAGAACUAUAGUGAAUUCAAAACUAAGAAGAUUUGUUUUUUCUAAGUGAUAAUCUUUUUUUGAAAAGUGAGUUAGGUCACCCUCCUUUAAAGAAUGAGUGAAUGUUAUGGUAACUAAGCAAAGAGCAGUACUUCAGCAGUAUUGACACAGCAUUGAGCUGACAUUGUCAGGAAUUAUAUUGGAUCAAAGUUCCGUGAAGACUUAUUUUACAUUUAUGAAACUGACUAAAAUUUUUACUAAUGCAUUUUUAUGAUACUGCCUUGCAGCGGUGUGGCAGGGUUGUUAUCAGCUGAACAGCCAAAGAAACAGCCCGUUUGAUUGUCAAGAAUCAGCAAGAAAAGAUUUUUUUUUUGGCAAUAGACUCGACCUAAACAUGUAGAGGACAAGAUGUCAAAGACUGCUUUGUCCACUUGUCCACCAAAACUUACACAAACCGACAACUCCUCACAUGAGCUUUAAAGUAUAAAUUCUGAGCAUCAAAGUAAAUAGGGUUUUAAUUACACUGUGCCAACCGACAAAUAUCUAUUGAAAUGAAAAAUUACCCCCUAUUCUCAUUUGGUGAGUAAUGAUGUAUUUUGUGAAUAAAACCAAAAACUGAAGUCAGGAGCUUUUGCCAAAAGACAAAAACAUAAUUCUUCAAAUUUCUUGGACCAAAAUGGGCUUAAGUUUAGGAAUAUUUGCAUCUUAAUUUUUCCAAUGAGGUAAAAUCAGGUCCUAGAUGAUACUCAAAAACUUCAACUGAUCAAAAUAUUGAGUUUAAAAGACUCUUCUUCAGAUUAUAAAUUUGAGGCCAUACAGUUACAUCUCUGAGCAUGUCACUGUUCCUUAAAGAUGAGUGCUAGCAAACAAACUCUUUUCCUGUAAUAUCUAAUCAUCUGUUGCUUUACUGCAUAACAAGUGUCUUUACCAAAAAAAAAAAAAAAUCAAACCACUUCUUAAAAAUGCCCGCCUUGCUUUUUCCUUCACUGACUGUACCUUUGGUUUUAAAAUUUUGUCUCCUCUGUUUGUUCCUUUUUGUGCAUUUAAUUGUCAGUUUGCCCCACAAAAUUCUCUUUUUUGCAAACUGCUUGUCUUUUGAAAAUAAAAGUUUGUUACACAAAAA